GAGAGACUUACGCCCAGUAUGCUAUGAGAAGGGACACGCAAGCACGAGCCGCGAGAAGCACGGUCCCGACCUACCGGAAUCGGUCCAAGUGCAGCAGAUGAGGAACGGAGCGGACCUCAGCGAGCAGAACGCCAUCAACCUUCUGUCGAUGACGCAGGGACGAGAGGAUCUGGAGUCGAUCAAAGCCGGGCUUAGAAGGAUGGACGUGAAAAAGAAGACGAGUCAAAGAAAGCCUCGGGUGCACGCGACCGCGGACAGCGAUCAUGAGCAGGAGGGGGAGGACACCAGGGGCCAGGACGUCUACUUCGAGUUCGAGGAGGACCUGGUCAUGGACAACGAGGACGCGGCGGCCUUCUACGAGGCGAUCGCCGACCAGGAGCUGGACGAGGACCAGGCGAUCGCGGUGCUGACCGCGGUGCUGGACGAGAAGAGGGAGAAGGAGGGCCGCCCGCAGAAGUGGGCGGAGUCGAGGGAGCUCAAGAAGGCGAUCGCCCAGGAUCAAGACUUCUUCGACUCGAAGAGGGCUGGGGGCCGACAGGCGCCGCGGCCGACCGCCGGGAAGCAGAGGCUGAGCAUGGCGCGCAUCAUGGAGAAGACGCGGCGCGCGAACUGCGGGCAGAAGGGUCACUGGAGGGAAGAGGGCGCGAAUCCCUACAAGCCGAAGUCGGAGGUCCGCGACAGGGGCCACAAAGGCGCCGCCGGGGCCAAGGGCCCCAUGCGCGUGGCCGCCAGCAGCGACGGGGACAACUUCCUCGUGGGAGGCGCUCGCAUCCGGGAGAUCCGCGCCCUGAGGAUCCCGGAGUCAGCCGACCGCCCGGACCAGGAGAUCUACUUGCUGGAGAUCGCCGGCGAGGAGCCCGAGGGCAUGGUCGACACGGCGGCCGGGCAGGCGCUCGUGGGAGAGAACCAGCUGCGCGACCUCCAGCUCAAGCAUCGCGAGAAGGGCUGGGGCACCCCGACGCGCGGGGCGGACGGAUGCGGCAGCGCCAAGGGGGUCGGCGGCCAGUCCAAGGUCGUGGGCGAGGCCAUGGCCCCGGUGACCCGCGAGGGGGUCAGGUGCCUCAUCCUGUUCCGGAUCGCGAGCGAGGACGCGCCCCUCCUCCCGCUGGUGCGCUGGCCAGAGGGCCUGGGUGCCAUCGUGGACUUGGCCGAGGAUGCGCUCGCGCUCCGCCGCGACGGUGCCGACGGGGGGAUCAUGAUGAACGGGCAGAAGUCGGGCCGCCGGACCAUCCCGCUGCCGGGCGACAGCCGCCCAGAGGACUUCCAGGUCCCUGAGACUCCAGAGAUCCUCCGUAGGUCUUCAGAGCUUCUGGUAGGUGCUGCAGACAUCGCGGGUCGCCCCGACCCCGAACACCGGGGCCUCGAACCCGUCGGAACCGCGACCAAGACGAAGGCGCCCCUCGCGGGGUCACCCGCUUCGGCGGGCACGAGCGGCGCCGAGAUGGGCCAGGCGAUGGAGGCGAUCCAGGCCAACAGCGCGGCUGUCAACCAGUUCGCGAGGGCCGCCCAGGAGGUCGUCUGCAAGAAGUAG